CCGCUGACGUCACUUCCGCCCCGCCAUGCUGCGGGCUCUGAGGCGCUGCGGAGCGGCGGCGGCCCUGAGGGGCGCCGCGGGCGCCGCCGCCGCUCCUCUCGGGCCCUGCCUGGUCCCCUCGCGGGGCCGAAAGAGCCGCACUGACCCGCCCGCCAAGUCCAAGGCAGCGCGGGUGAAGCUGCCACCGCCCGUGGACCCCGAGGAGCUCUGGGCCGUGACCGAGCGGUACCGGCUGCACGGCCUGCUGCUCGGGGCGCUCCGGGCUGAGUUCCGAGCUGAGGUGCUGCAGAAGAAGCGGGAGGCGUCACUGGUUGGGGAGGACUCGGUGGAGCUGAUGCAGGAGCACCAGCGCCUAAUGGCCUGGAACAAUGAGGAGAAUGCCCGGCAGCGGGCACGCAGAGAGGAAAGGAUCAGGAAAGAAGAGGAAGAACAGAAGAAGCAGAAGGUGCAGGCUGCGGAGAACAAGGCCAAGAAGAUGGAAGCUUUCCUGAAGGAGAAGGAGAGGGAGGUGCUCCAGCUGCAGGAGGAAGCCAAAUCCUUCAUCACCCCUGAGAACCUGGAUGCACGGAUCGAGGAAUGCCUGGACAAUCCUCGCAACUACAACUUUGCCAUCGACAAGGAGGGGCGGAUUGUUCAACGGACAGUGUUAUCAUAGCGGCCGUGGCCCGGGGCUGGCCUGAGGCUCUGCUAAUAAGCCAGUUCCUUCCUUUCAAUGGAUAAAUUGCCCAUGGAAUUUUUGGAGGUAGCCUGCGGCUCCGGCUGUGUGUCUUGUGAAAGGUUAACACCUGCGAGAAGGGGGAUGAGAGAGGGAAUUGGGCCCCAAAAGCCUCUGUCUGAGGCCUGGGAGCAAUGGCAAAGCUGCUGCUGUUCCUGUGCCUGCUCGUCUCUCUUCUCAAUCCCACCUCCCGUAAGUAUGGAUCCCUCCCACGUUCCCACGUGGCAGAUCCUGGCUCAGCAGCCCAGCAUUGUUGGUGUUUUGACCCUUUUGAAAGAAAACAAGGUCUGAAUGGUGCUGUGGGGAAUGCUCACGCUCUGCUUGUUGUUGUUUGAGAGGGAAUUAACUGUUCCGCUCUUCCUGCUCCUUCUUGAAACCCUUUUUUGCCCACCUGGUGGUGUCGCUGAGUGGGAAAACGGUGCAGAGAACGGCUGAGCAAUACUGGCUUGUGCGUAUCCCCUUUUCCUCCCCUCCUCAGCCGCCUCUGUUUCCCACCUGGGGGUUCUGCUAUGGAUGAUGCUGUCACUCCUCUGGUCGUGGCUCUCGCUGGAGCCUCUCAAGACUCGCUGUGGUCUUCCAGAUGGAGCCGCUUUCCCUUUGGAGCCUCCGAGAGUGCUGGGAGUGAGCUCUGCCCCAAACCCAUGGAUUGUUGAACUUCCUGGUGUUUGCUGACUGCCCACAGCUCCUUCUGCCCUCCCUCAGGUAGAACAUUGGCUCCAGGAAUUUGGUCUAAAUGCUUGCUUUUUAUCUAUACUUUCCCCAAAAUGGCUUUUUUUCCCUCCUGAGCUGCCAGUCAAGCGCACAAAAACCACAGACAUCGGG